AUUCAAAAAAAAAACAAAAUACAGAUGAAUUUUUUUUUAAAUUUAUUUGUUAACCUUGAUUAAUGUCUAAAAGAAAUUUACAUUUUGAAAAAUAUUCAAUUGCUCCAGCACCAAGUCGUGAUUACUAUGGUAUUAAAAUAAUUGACAAAGAAAUAAAAUUAUUUCAUUGGCCAAUAUCUCAUGGGCCUAAUAAAAAUAUUUCUGUAAAAUCUUGUGAUUUUAGUGGAUGGAAAAAGGAUAAAUCAUUUCAACAGGAAAUUGAAAUAAUAUUUGGAAUAUCUGUUUGUCAAUAUACAAAUGAUAUUGUUUUUGAUAGAAAAACAUUGCUAACAAUUCCAAAUAAUUUUUUGAAAAAAUUAUUAAAUUAUUUAUCUUCUCAGGAUAUAAUUAAUUUAUUGCUUCUUUCAAAAACAACUUAUCAGAUUUUUAAUAAAGAUUUUGUUCCUCAAUUGAUAAGAAAAAAAAUUUUAAAAACAAAAAUAUCAAAUAUCAAAGGAAAUAAAAAUAUGUCUGGAUGGAAGCAAGUUUUACAAGAAAAACAGGAUAUUGAAAUGCAGUCGGAAAAAUGUAAAAUUACAAGAAUUAAUGGAACAAAAUCAGCUCCUCGUCUUCAACCGAAAAAUUCAUCAAAAUCAAUGAUAAAACCUCAACUUGAUAUUAGUAAAAUAACAUCAGUACAAUCAUUAAAUGACGAAAAGAAAAUUGAAAAUAUAAAUGAAAUAAAAAAAAAAACUAUACCAAAUCGUUAUUUGAAAAAAGAAAUUUCAAUUAAUAAAAUUAAUGUAGAAUUUAAUAAUCCAAAUGAUGAUAAAUUAAAAAAUAAUUUACCAGAUAAUCAAUAUAAAAUGAACAAUGAUAAAAAUGAUUGUAAAAUUAAAAAAAUUGAUAAAAAAAUUGAUUCAAAAUUGUUGAGUUCAAAAAAACCAUUAACUAAAAAUAUUUAUGGAUUAAAAAAUAAUUAUCAAUCAAUUGAUAGCAUUGUAAAAAAAACAACUGAUGAAUUUAAAAAUAAUUCAACAUUUUUCGAUGAUGAAUAUGAUUGGUUUAAUGAUUUAUCAUUAUCAAAAACAAAUGAUCAAAAACAAAAAUUUCAACAUGAUAAUAUUAAAUCAAAAAAUAUUGAUAAAUUAAUUAAUAAAACAACUCCAAGUUUAUCAAAAUGGCAGUCAAUUAAAAUGAGAACAUUAGCUAACUUCGAUGAUUAUGAAAAAAAUAUAUUAAAAAGUUAUCAAGACAUUAAUGAUGAUAUGAAAAAAAAAAUUACUCCCCACAGAAAAUGAAGUUGAUAAUAAUUUUAAUACUAUUAUACUUUCAAAUAAAUAAAUAUUUACAAUAAUAAAAAAAAAAUAAUUAAACA